AUGGCACUUCACCACCUAAGCGACAUGACGUUCGAAGAGCUCGAACACUUUGUUCGGACAAACGGGGAGUCCAUGCAACUCUCGCCUGCGGAUGUGGUUGCCCUGCACCUGCACAGGCAGCGUCGUGGGUAUCUCUCCGGAAGAGAACGCCCGCUGUGGCUCCAUGACUCUAUCAAGAGGGGCGACGAGAGGCCGUCGUGCCACGCCCUUCGAUUGCUUAUUCUUGGCGAAGAAACGGAUGCCAAACUGGGGCUGGCGGCGCUGCUCCUUCACGGCGGUGGUCGUCCACGUCACGAGACGCUGUUGCUUGGACUCGGCCCUGUGGAGGAGGAGGAGACGGAGUCCGGAGGCGGCGAUGGGAACAGCCGUGGCGAUGCCGCCCUUCCACGCAUCGAAGUGCUCGUGCCAGCGGUGGCAGACGUGACCGCCUCCCUCCGCGGGGAGUUGUGCAUCGCCAGCGACGUGGUUCUGUUGUGCUUCAGCGUGAAUGAGCAUGCCACUUUUGACGCCCUCCGUCAGCGUUGGUGGAAAGACGAGGUGGGACGGGCCUUUGCGGUACUUGCGCAGGAUCUUGCUGAGGCCCACCACACCACUCCGUGGCCCGCCACGCCCGUCAUCGUCGUGGGACUCGCCGCGGAAAAGAGACAAGCUCUUGCAGGGAAAAACACCAUUCCGGUUUCGCACACAGAGGCGGUACAACUUGCACAGAAAAUGGGGGCUAGCAAGUACAUGGAGAUUUUUUCAGAUAACCUUCAUCAUGCCCGCUCACUUGUGACGCAAUGCAUGCAAGUGACAAAUGCUUUUCAGCAGUCUCUCUUGAAGGAGGUGGGGGCGGAGGCAUUGUCGUUCCUCACCGCCGCGAAGCAGCAGAUGUUGCGGUGUCAUUUACGGGCUCCAAAACCCGAUGGGGAGAUCGAUUCCCAGGCGAUGCAACUGCGGCUACAAAUGACACCAGGCAUCACUUAUUUCAUGACAUUUGAUGGGACAGAUCCACGUCAUCACGCCUCGCCGGCACAAGUCCCCCACGACGGUGUUGUGGAUUUGCGGCCAUACAGCAAACAGCCUGGAACUGUGCUUCGUAUCUGUGGCAUGGCCCGUUGUGCCUAUUCGAGUAUCGUAUUAGAAAUAGAGGUGCCCAGUAUAUUAAAGCCCCCCAGUGGUUACUUUGACAUCGCAUGGCGACGAUUUGUGUUGACAAAGACGCCCGAUGAUGCGCUCUGUGCGCACCGCGAAGUACGCUACACCUUGGAUGGCACACAACCCACGAGGGCAUCGAUGUUGUACACUCAUCCCAUUGAAUUGGACGUAAAAUCCUCUGCGAAUUUUCCAUGGGGCUCGUGGCGCAGUAGCGUGACACCCCCGCGUGUCAUUAGACUUGCUGCCUUUGCGGAGAAUGAAUUUACCUCACCCACCGUCACGUACGAGGUGCCGGCCGUGCUGAAAACGCCACAAAUUGAGUACUCCCCACAGGAAAGCACUGUCUUUCUCAAUUCCAUGCAGCCAAUGGUCGAAUAUCACUACACACUCGACGGGACGAUGCCGACACUCACGUCGCCACUCUACACAGGGCCGUUUAGUCUUGCAGCCGAUGUGACGCAGCAAGUACGCGUUGUGGCGUUUCCGAGGGUGUUUUUUCCGAGCCGUGAGGCGGUGUUUUACGUGCCUAAAGUUAAAACUAGUGGUAGUGGUAGUGGUAUUUGUGGUGGAGACAGUAAUGGCACCACGGCUGCUGCGCUGCUGCACCAGCAGAAUUAA